AUGAUUAUAUUAUCAAUAGUUAUUGUUUUUAUCUUAUGGAUUUUAUAUGAAAAGAAUCCUUAUAAAAAAUGUCCACCAUCACCAUUGGCAAUACCUUUGAUUGGUCAUUUACAUUUACUUGGUGAAAAUAUUAAUAAUGAUAUGGAUCUUCUUUUCAGGAGAUAUGGUGAAGUGUUUAGAUUUAAAAUGGGAUCGGUCGAAGGAAUAGUUUUAACAGGUCCGGGGGAACUAUUCAAGAAGCAUUUACUUACAAUGAUCUAUUUGUUAAUCGAUUUUCAAAGAGAAGGAAGAACCGAUAUCAAUCGUGGAGAGAGUAUGACAUCAUCCAAUGGUGAAUAUAAUACAUAUCUAAGAUCGAUUCUUCUUCAACACCUUACACCAAGUAAAUUGAAAAAAUCAGAGGAAUCAAUGGUGGAAGAGAUUUCAAAACUCUAUGAAUGUUUAAAAGUUCAAUCGAAAUCAGGUGAACCAAUUAAUUUAUUUCCAUUUUUUAAGAAUUCAUCAACAUCUUCAACAGAUUAUAAUGAAUUAAUGACUAAGUUGAAGACUAUAAUUGGAAAACUAGUUGAAGAUAGAAUAUCAGGUUCAGAGUCACCCAAUAUCAUAGCAGAUUCAUAUAUUCAUGAAUUUAAAGCUGGAAAUAUUUCAAAUAUUGGACUUUUUUUACUAUUGCCGAUUUCAUCUUUGCUGGAUCUGAAACUACUUUCUUUAGUUAUAUUAUGUUUAAUCAGAGUUUGUUGUAAUUAUCCAGAGGUUCAAGAAAAGUUAUAUUUAGAACUCACAAGUGUUGAGAAUAGAAUACCUUCAAAAAUAUCAACACCAUACACCAACGCUGUGAUUAGAGAAACAAUGAGAAGAUAUACUAUAAAUGGAUUUGGUAACUCACAUGAAGCAAUUAGAGAUGGCUAUUUCCGUGGUUAUUAUGUAAAGAAAGGUACUCAAGUAUUUCAAAAUAUUCACAGUUCAAUGUUAUCAGAACAGUAUUGGGAUGAUCCAAUGGAGUUCAAACCAGAGAGAUUUAUUGGUGUGGAUGCACAAAAGAAUUCUAAUAGAGUCAAAAUAAUUUUUGGAAGUGGACCAAGAAAUUGUGUUGGAAUGAAUCUUGCUGAGCUGGAGGUUUAUUUAGUGGUUACACAAUUGAUCAAAUCAUUUAAAUUUACUUCACCAAAUUCUGAAUUUAUUGAAGAAUCAAUGGUAUAUGGUUUAGCUGUAUCUCCAACUCCCUUCAAAUGGUUACAGGAGGUAAGAGCUAUUAUUGUUUUUAUCUUAUGGAUUUUAUAUGAAAAGAAUCCUUAUAAAAAAUGUCCACCAUCACCAUUGGCAAUACCUUUGAUUGGUCAUUUACAUUUACUUGGUGAAAAUAUUAAUAAUGAUUUGGAUCGUCUUUUCAGGAGAUAUGGUGAAGUGUUUAGAUUUAAAAUGGGAUCGGUCGAAGGAAUAGUUUUAACAGGUCCGGAAACUAUUCAAGAAGCAUUUACUUACAAUGAUCUAUUUGUUAAUCGAUUUCAAAAGAAAGAAAGAACCGAUAUCAAUCGUGGAGAGAGUAUGACAUCAUCCAAUGGUGAAUAUAAUACAUAUCUAAGAUCGAUUCUUCUUCAACACCUUACACCAAGUAAAUUGAAAAAAUCAGAGGAAUCAAUGGUGGAAGAGAUUUCAAAACUCUAUGAAUGUUUAAAAGUUCAAUCGAAAUCAGGUGAACCAAUUAAUUUAUUUCCAUUUGUAAAGAUAUGUACUCUGAAUAUCUUAUUAACCAAACUAUUCGACAAACAAUUUCCAUAUGAGUUGGAUGGUCAAGCUAUUGAAAUAUUAAAUAUAAUCCAAGGAAAUCAACCUAUUUUAGGACGUCCUAUGAUAUCAGAAUACUCUUCUUUAAUAAAAUCUUUAGUUAUAUUAUGUUUAAUCAGAGUUUGUUGUAAUUAUCCAGAGGUUCAAGAAAAGUUAUAUUUAGAACUCACAAGUGUUGAGAAUAGAAUACCUUCAAAAAUAUCAACACCAUACACCAACGCUGUGAUUAGAGAAACAAUGAGAAGAUAUCCAAUUAAUGGAUUUGGUAACUCACAUGAAGCAAUUAGAGAUGGCUAUUUCCGUGGUUAUUAUGUAAAGAAAGGUAUUCAAGUAUUUCAAAAUAUUCACAGUUCUCUGUUAUCAGAACAGUAUUGGGAUGAUCCAAUGGAGUUCAAACCAGAGAGAUUUAUUGGUGUGGAUGCACAAAAGAAUUCUAAUAGAGUCAAAAUAAUUUAUGGAAGUGGACCAAGAAAUUGUGUUGGAAUGAAUCUUGCUGAAGUGGAGAUUUAUGUUUUGGUUACACAAUUGAUCAAAUCAUUUAAAUUUACUUCACCAAAUUCUGAAUUUAUUGAAGAAUCAAUGGUAUAUGGUUUAGCACUAUCUCCAACUCCCUUCAAAUAUAUUGAGAUCGGUAUGAACAGGAAUCACUGUGAUAAAGAUAGAGUUGGCUGCGGCUAUAACAUGUGGACAGAGAUUUUAUGUUCGAAGGACGUAGUUAGUGAAAUGGUUCAUUCGUGGGCCUUCACUACUUCGACCCGGGUUCGAGGCUCGGUAAUGACUAAGUUUCCCCGCUACCGGAACAUCUUUGUUAAAGAUUAA